AUGAGUAAAAUAAAUCUUACUCUAGAUCCGCCAUAUAAUGGCGAAUAUUAUACAGGAACAGAACAGAUUUCAGGACAUGUGAGUAUACAAAUUGAAAAGCCUAUAUCUAUUAAAAGCAUAAGUAUUAAAUUGAAGGGAUUUAUCCAGACUUUGACAAAAAUUGAUUCUGAUCAAAUGUUUAAUAACAAUAGUGCCAUGUCACCAAUCCAAGAUAAUAGGGCUAUUCAUAAUAUUGUCGAAAAAUCUCACAGAUUAUUUCCCCCAGAUAAUGUUUGGAAUGCCCUUGAAGGUUCUCAUAAACCUUUUAAAGUUAAGCCAGGGCUUUAUGAAUACAAUUUUGAAUUUGAUAAAAUGCCAAAAAGACCAGAAUGCCUUGCUAGACAUAAGAGAGAUACCGAUUCAUUUGUUAAGCGUAAUGAGACUAGAAUGCCGCCAAGUUUUAACAAUAAUUGGAAAGAUAUGAGUCGUGUUGAUAAUAUCGAACUUUAUUAUUACACAUUGGGGAAAGUUAUAUAUAUUGUUCAAGUUGAAAUUGAAUUGGGUAAAGCUCUGGCAUGGUACAAACCAUUUAAUAAAUUUCUUCACGAGACACUUAACAUUGAUUAUAUCCCAGACGCUAAGGAUUUGAUUUAUGUUGAAGAUCCAGAAGAUUACAUUGCACGCAACUCAAGGGUGGAGUCAGAUGAGCAACUUAUAGAAUCCAUUCAGAAUUCAUUGGCUUUAAAUAAUAACAAUAAUAAUACCAAUAACAAUAUUGAUAAUAAUAACAAUAGAAUUAAAAAUAAAAAUAUAAAUAUAAAUGAUGGAAAGAUUGAUAAUGACGGCAUAAGUACAAACAGCAAUACUGAAUCGAAUCAAGUAUUAACUGGGGAUAUAGGUAGCAAUAACACAUUAAUGGGGAGAAACAAUAAUAUGUCAGUCAACAGUGAGAAUCGGCUUAAUGAACAUGUUAUAUAUAAGUCGUCAUUUAGUGUACAGUUACCGGAUGAAUCCAGUGUUAUGUGGCUUGAAGUACGUAGCCGCGGAUUAAGGCAUACAUAUCGUCGUGAUUAUUUAUUCCGCCAGGGCAGUAAUAAAUUUGAUAAUAUAUAUUUAGUAUUAGAAGGUGAUAUUGAAGAAAUGUUUAAAAUGAAGAUCAAUCCACGAAAAAUUCAAUUGAAUCUAUUGGAACAGACGGUAUACGUUGCACAAGGAAUUGCUAAUGAGAAUGUGUCAUCUUUGAGAUUAGUAGAAGCAUUGAAAAUAUGUGAUGAUGAUGAUGAGUUUGGUAGAAUCUUUCAGUUUAAUCCUAUACAAGUACCUAGUAAUCUUCAUCAUCGUCAUCAUAAUAAUGAUGCUCAUAAUAAAAAAUACGAAGUUGAAUUAUGCUUAAAAGAUCAUAGUAUAUUGAAAAGGAUAAGAUUCAAUAAAGAGGAUUAUGUUCAUAGGGGGAACAGGCUGUAUAGUUUCAAGACAUGUACUAUCAAAAGAUUAUUCAAAUUUCAAUUAUUGAUUGAUUGGCAAAUUAAUGACAAAAUAAGGACGACAGAGAAUAUAAUCGAUAGAACCCAAAUAUUUUGUCAAGUGAGAGAGAAGGUUAAUGUUGUAGACACAUUGCCACAGUACGUCGAACCACCACAAUAUACAGAAACGAGGCAUACAACAACACCAUAA